CUGCAUGCUUUCACUUUCACUUGGAGCUGUUAUCUCGAGCUGUUGCAGUUUUAUACAACAUAGAAGAAUUACGGUAUUUUCACGCAUCCAUUGCGUAAUCACUAGUGCAAAUGCGUUUUUUUAGUCGUCGUGCAUGAUUAAAGAACGUACUGCUUGGGUGUAUCCUGCUGUGGUGUGGUGAGGUACUUCCCCAAAUAUUUUUAGUCGUGCGUCAGCCUUAUAGUGUGUGGGUUUCCUAUAAGUUCCUCCUACGUUGUUCCUCUGCUGUCAGUUAUCCACGUCGCCUGACACAGCGGCCACCACUGGUAAGUUUCUGUUUGUUGAUCAUCUUAUCAGCUCCUACUCUCCUACCUAAGUCAAUGGCUCAUCUGGACCCACGUGAGCUUCAGGCCAUUAACCAAACCGUGGAGGCUCUCAGCAGCUGUGAACGCAGGAGGCUCUUCUACCUGUGUGAAAUCCUGGACACGGACAACAGCGUGGCUUGUGUGAAGGAGAUGCUGAAAUCUAAGGUGAUGUUCCACGAGAGGGGUCACCUGUUCCUGGAGGAGCUGAUGCUGCAGUUGAAACGUUUUGAUAUCCUGAGGAAGGUGUAUAAAACCAGCAGGGAUGAGGUGGAGAUGACUUUGAAACACAGGCAGGUUCUGCCAAGAUUCAGAGUAUUGAUGGCUAAUAUAAAUGAGGACAUGGCCGAUGAAGAUCUGAACAAUGUGAAAUUCUUGUUAAGCACCACGUUACCUCGUGAGAAGAUGGAAAAAGCAAAGAGUUUCCUGGAUGUGAUCAUUGAACUUGAGAAACUGGAUAAAGUUUCACCUGAAAGAGUUGACGUUAUAGAGCAAUGUUUAAGAGACAUUGACAGGGUCGACCUGGCCAAAAAAGUGACUGCAUACAAGAUGUCAGUUGGAACAUCUGAGGGACAUCAGUCUCAACAGCAAAGGCACAGACCUCCUGAUCCAUUCCCCGCUGCAAACAGUUCCCUUUCUCUACAGCAAACAAGACCAGUACAGUCUCUGCAAAUGGCCACAGGAAGCUUACCCACGCCUGUCUACAGAGAGCAGAACUAUCAGAGACAAGUAGACUGCUACAAGUUUAACACCAAUCCCAGAGGAGUUUGUGUUAUCAUAGACUGCGUGGGUAAUGAUGGAGACAUGUUGGAGCAGAUGUUUAAGGCUCUCCACUUCAAAGUGGUCCUCUACAAAUGGCUGAGUGUGGAUGGCAUUUAUUCAGCUCUCAGUGGGAUCAGAGAGAGAGAGAACCUCGAAGGCGAUGGCUUUGUCUGCUGCAUCAUUAGCCGUGGCCCGGCAAACCACAUCCUGGGUACGGACUCGUACGCCACAGGUCUAGGCCUGGAGUACGUCAGACGUCUUUUCACUGCUGAUAACUGCCCCAAGCUGGCUGGCAAGCCCAAACUCUUCUUCAUCCAGAGAUACAGCGUUGCCGAGUGUCCGCCCCGUGCCAGGAGGGAGCAUCGGGAUGAGGAUCUGGAGACGGAUGGGUGUGAUGGGAUGUCCAGAUGUGACUUCAUCCCCACAGAUGCAGAUAUAUUCUGGAGUCACUGCUGGACAGAUGAAUAUCAACUGGGGCAACGACACCAUCACUCCAUUUACCUGAAGGCUCUGACAGACACCUUGCACAAAGGUCAAAAGAGGAAAACACAUCUUGUUGAUGUUCACACCGAGGUAAACGGGGCCAUCUUUGAACACAACAAGAGGAAUCCUGGAGAGAAGUACCACAUCGAUCUGAAACACACUUUGAGGAAAGAGCUGUACUUACAAUAGAGGAUUUAUCACCAUCACUUUCACUUCACCUGCAAUACUGUCAGCCACAUAUUAAUGUCACGCAUUCUUUGCCUUAGAAGAACCCUUGUUAGUGUGUAUGCAGUGACACCUACUGGUUAAAGGUGCUUAUAACACUUGUUUUUACAGACGAAGAAAAACUUAUUUAACAGGUUGUUUUAAGUGUAUUUAUUUAAUGUUUGAAAAAUCUGCUUGGACAUAUAUUUUAAUAGUUUCAUGACAUAUAAAUGUACAUGAAGGACAAAACAAUCAUGAUAACAGUAACUCUACUACUUCUUAACCCAAACCCAAAGCCAGCAACAGCAGCAUCAGGGAGUUGCAAACAACUCACCCAAUCAGAGCCUAACAAAAGAGGUAAAUGUCAAUUUAAUUUAAGACAAAAAGUAGAGUUGUAUCUACUGUACAUGUAAUAUGUAACCUUUUGUUUUUUGAAGCAUUAAUGUAAAAUACAUUUUCAUUGCUUCACAGUGCAGCUAAAACACACAUGUAGUGCCUGAAUUUCUUAUAGCUACAUACCUUUUAAAAACCUGUGCAGAAAUGUGAAAAUGUUUAGUUGAAUUAAACACUAUCUGUCUAUAUCUACUUUUAUCUAUUAACUUUAAUUAUUACUUUUACUUAUUUUUAUUUUAUUUAUUUUUGUCCGAUUAAAAGUUGCUUUAAAAAAGUGCCAUGUGAAUAAAAUUUCUUCUAUUAUUAAUACUCACAUAUAUCUGUUAAAUCCCAAUAUCUAAAUAAAUCCCACAAUAUUA